GAAUUCCGUCAAGAACCACCAAGGAUGAUGAAGUACCUGGCAUCGCUGUUGGUCCUCGGACUGUUUGUGGUGUUUACGGCCAGUCUGGCCGAGAGUAACCUGCGGGAAUCACUCGUAAAGGAGCUAAACUCCACCAUCGGUGGUAACGAUCUGCAGAAGAACGUGUCCUGCCUGGUGUUGUGCGACUACUGUGGCUGCGACGGAAGCUUCGCCGGGGACGAAUGCAUCUGCGACUGCAUCAACGACGGAGACAAACAUAUCAAAUGCCUUGAGGAGCUGAAAAACACCGAAAAGCAGUACGAGUUCGAGGAGUUGCAAGAAUCGGUGGAGCAGUUGCUGGCCGGUGCAGUGAGGGUUCGACGGGAUAUCUCCAAUGGUGAUCUGCUGGACGGGGACUCGUCAAUGCUCGACAGAGGGACGGCCUCGAAGGCUUCGCGGAAAAACAAGCGCAAGAAGUUCAACCGAAGGCAGCGUGGACGGCGCUUCCUGCAGCGGAACGGAAGCAACUGAGGUGGGAAUUGUGGAUUUGCGACGAAUAAAAGCUUGAUUA